UUCCUACCUAAUAUUCCUACCGAAUAUUCCUACAGUUCUAGGAUUCUCAUUUGGUAUUAAAAUUUUUAACCUCAAUUUUCCGUAUGAAUUUAAUAAUUUGUUUAGUAAUUUUAAUAUUUAAAGUUGUUACCGGUGCACCGUUUCUUCUGGAUAGAAGUCUUCUAAAGGAGGGACAUCCUAUGGUAUCAGCGCUCCAUUACGCUUCUUAUACUUACAAUGAAGGCUUAGGAAGUGAGGGAGAAGGUCAUCUGAGAUAUUUAUAUUUGGUACCAACUUACGAUCACGUAUCGCAUUUUAGAGACGGGGUAGGAUCUGGUCCGCCUGGCCAUGAUCCCCUGGUUCAUAGUAAACUUACUCCAGACUAUCAAUUGGGUGAGAGAAUGACUGAAUUAGUUGGUCUUUCAGACUGUAAAUCGUGGCAUGCAGUGGUCGUAGGUGUUUGGCUCAAUGACCUUCACACUUUUAAAUACUUUUCCGCCACUCAUAAAGAUAACAAGUGGAAGUAUAACUAUCACAGUGACUUGGAGAGUUUGGUAGAGUUUGUAAAGGGUAAAUUAUACGCCGAACACCUCAGAGAAUUACUCGCCAAAGGCGUAGGAUCGCACCUUUUCCUUCAAAAACUUGCUCAACAAUAUGGAAACCUUCUUUAAAUCUUAAUAUCUCAGUUUAUUCCAAGGUUCAUUUCAAGGUUUAUUUCAAGGAUUAUUACAAGGUUUAAAGGGGAUUAAAGGGGAUUAGGGAGUUUCAGGGUAAAUAAAUUUUUUAUGGCAAAAUUG